GUUGACUUAAAAAAAUCCAAAACUUAAAGGUCACAUUAUGCAUUUAACACCAUUUGGCUUCAUUUUCCCACCUUUGACAUGGACAUGUGGUACCACUCCAGUCCACUACUAAAAAUACAGAUAUUCCAAAUCCAUCUUUAUGUACAAAACCACCCACCAAAAGAUUCCUCAAUCAUUCUAUUCCCAAGAAGAAGAAAAUAAAACACUAUCCACAUUGUAAACAGGAGUGACAAACAAAAGAUGGAAAAUGGGAGCCCAAAAGUUUUAAAUGAGGCUGCAAGAGAAUUUGAAGAUAAAAAGGAAGAGUUGUCUGUGGAGAGGAUAUUUGAGAACACUGAGGUUCCCUCAUGGAGACAACAGCUGACACUAAGAGCUUUUGCAGUCAGCUUCUUGCUGUCUGUAAUGUUCUGUUUCAUAGUGAUGAAGCUCAACCUCACAACUGGGAUUAUACCAUCGUUAAACGUGUCGGCCGGACUUCUGGGUUUCUUCUUUGUCAAAACAUGGACUAAAGUGCUCGAGAAAUCCGGCAUGCUGAGGCAGCCCUUCACCCGCCAGGAAAACACCGUGAUCCAGACGUGUGUGGUAGCCUCUUCCGGCAUCGCCUUUAGUGGAGGGUUUGGGAGCUAUCUUUUCGGAAUGAGCCAACGGGUGGUCCAGCAAUCACAACACUCAAGAGAUGUUUACGACUACAAGAACCCGUCUCUCGGCUGGAUGAUUGGCUUUCUGUUUGUAGUUAGCUUCCUCGGCUUAUUCUCUGUGGUCCCUCUUCGUAAGAUUAUGAUCAUAGAUUUCAAGUUGACAUAUCCAAGUGGGACUGCAACAGCACAUCUCAUUAACAGCUUCCACACUCCUGAAGGAGCCAAACUAGCAAAAAAACAGGUUAAACAAUUAGGCAAGUUUUUCUCCUUGAGCUUCUUGUGGGGAUUCUUUCAGUGGUUCUUCACUGCCGGCGACAACUGCGGAUUUGUUAACUUCCCAACUUUCGGACUAAAAGCAUAUGACUACAAGUUCUACUUUGAUUUCUCGGCAACUUAUGUUGGAGUGGGGAUGAUUUGCCCUCACAUCAUAAACGUAUCUGUUCUAGUUGGAGGUAUCCUAUCUUGGGGUAUUAUGUGGCCACUUAUUGGGACCAGAAGAGGUGAUUGGUAUUCUGCUGAUCUAUCUCCAAACAGUUUACAAGGGCUUCAAGGCUACAAGGUUUUUAUCGGCAUAGCCAUGAUACUUGGCGAUGGCCUGUACAACUUCUUCAAGGUCCUCAGCCGUACAAUAGCAGGCCUCUUCAUCAAAUUCCACGAAAGAAAGGCCAACGCUCGAAUCCCGCUGACCGGAAACGGAAACUCUCCCAACAAGCCCCAAACUUACGACGACCAGAAACGAACCCAACUCUUCCUAAAGGACCAAAUCCCGAAUCCAUUCGCCUUGGGCGGCUACAUAGCCAUAGCCGCCAUAUCCACCAUAACCCUCCCCCACAUAUUCCCCCACCUCAAAUGGUACCACAUUGUCGUAAUUUACACUUUCGCCCCUGCCCUCGCCUUCUGUAAUGCAUUCGGCUGCGGCCUCACUGACUGGUCCUUGGCCUCCACUUACGGCAAACUUGCCAUCUUCACAGUCGGAGCCUGGGCUGGAGUCACCGGAGGAGGCAUCCUAGCUGGCCUGGCGGCAUGCGGUGUGAUGAUGAACAUAGUCUCCACUGCCUCAGACCUAAUGCAGGAUUUCAAGACAGGCUACUUGACCUUGGCUUCACCUCGAGCCAUGUUCUUGAGCCAAGUGAUUGGAACAGCUAUGGGUUGCGUGAUAUCUCCGUGCGUGUUUUGGGUUUUCUACCGGGCUUUUCCGGACCUCGGACUCCCCACGAGCGAAUACCCGGCUCCCUUUGCCACUGUUUACUACAACAUGGCUAAGUUGGGAGUUGAGGGUGUUUCGGAGCUUCCGGAUAACUGUCUGAACCUGUGUUACGCGUUUUUCACGGCUGCCAUUGUUGUUAACCUCAUCAGGGACUGUCUGGGGAAAGAGAGGUCGUGGUUUAUUCCACUCCCGAUGGCAAUGGCUAUCCCGUUUUACUUGGGUUCGUAUUUCGCCAUCGACAUGUGUGUUGGGAGUCUCAUACUCUUUGUCUGGCAGAGGAUGGACAGGGCUAAAGCGGAUGCAUUUGGGCCGGCUGUGGCUUCGGGCCUGAUAUGUGGUGACGGGAUAUGGACGCUGCCGAGUUCUGUACUGGCUCUGGCUGGGAUUAAACCUCCCAUCUGCAUGAAGUUUUUGUCGAGGGCAACUAAUAGUAGGGUCGAUAAGAUUUUAGGAUCAUAGGUCGAGUGAUCACUUCUUACUAUGGCUUUAGGUGUAUCUAUCUAUUGUACUCGAAUACGAUGGUGCCUCAAUGUACAAUGUUCAAUACCGGUGGUACUCAUAUAGUUCAAAAGUUGCCAAUUUUGUCAUCUGAUUCAAGCUGAAGAGUAAAAGAAAACAAGCUGGAUAUGUGUUGUGGUCUGAACAAAAUGAUGUAAAGACAAUAGUUUCUCCGAUAAUAGAGGAGUAAGUCGAGUGUCGAGCUUCAAUCUAAAUUUUCCAAGAAAGUGGUAGAAUGGUUAAUUUAUAAUUAUGACAUUGACACCAAGAUUGAAAUUUGAUGAUGGAUCAGUCAAGGUACAUGUAAUCAUUAAUCUUGUGGAAAUACUCAUCUCAAAAACACACGGCUAAUAGUGGAUAAUGCCAUAAAACAACCUAAAACAUGCAUGAAACAAAACCAGAGCUAAUACAAACACCACUAAACUUCAAUUGCCCUUUGCUGCUCCCUCUUUUUCGUCCACAUUGUUAUCCUCUUCUUCCCCAGUAGCAUCCUCUUCUCUGUCCUUACCGGCAUCUUCUUCUCGUUUUGUAUCCUUCUUUUCUUUGUCGUCAGUAGCAUUCUCUUCCCGAUUCUCUUCAGUAGUAGCAUUCUCUUCCCGAUUCUCUUCAGUAUCCUCUUCUUGAUCCUUGUCAUAGACGACAGGCGGAAAAUUAGCAAGCAUUUCCAUGAAACUUCCAAUCUGCCCUGUCAUAACUGCAAAGUUUGUGCCGGUCCUUGAUCUAUACUCACUGAUGGCCUUCAGUUCUUUGGAUAAGUACGUCUGCCUAAUUCUUGAUCCUACUGGGUAAUCAUCCUUCACCAAGAGGCGAUCCCUUGGACUCGAUCGGCUUAAAAACAGUAAUGUCUUCGAUUUCCUCAGCUGGGUGCUUGUGAUAGUACUCUCCCCCUUCGAAGCAGCCGAUGCACAGCCUGAACUCCUGAUCUUCCUCGUCACACUUCCUGCACGUGAAGUAGACGGCCGGCAGAAUCUUUCCGCACCAGUGGCAGUUUCUCAGGCAUCGGUCUCCGGCAUACCAUAUGGCCAGGAACCGGUCGAAGCUCAAUCUCCCGUAGGAAUCGUCGGCAAACUGGUUGAAGUAGAGGAGAUCACGGCCGACAAGCUCCGGGAAUGCAACGUUUUUCAGCAGCAGGAGAGGGUCGAUUCUCCCGAGGCCGUCACCGUCGAGCUGGGCAAAGGCCUCGACCAGGUGUGAUUUAUCGUCCUCCGGGAGCUUUUGGUACUGGAUUUUGGCCAUUUUUAUGAUUUCAUCCAUUGGAGCUUAGAUAUAGGGCUAACAGGGUUGCAUAUGAAGGAGGCAAAUGUGUGUGUAAUGUGUAUAUAUAGCUGCUAUUUUUGCUUGGGGAUCAAGG